AGUCUCUGGCUCAGUGUUAGUGUUGUCUGCAACAGGAAGUGAAACCCUGCUGCCGACUCUCCUGCUGCUGAGUGGGUGAAGCACUUUAUUCAGAAAGUUCGGCUGCCACUGACGGCUCCGGGGCUUUGAAAAAUGGACAGCCAAGGACGAAAAGUGGUGGUUUGUGAUAACGGAACAGGGUUUGUCAAGUGUGGAUAUGGCGGAUCCAACUUCCCAGAGCACAUCUUCCCAGCACUGGUGGGCAGGCCCAUCAUCCGAUCCACGGCUAAAGUGGGCAACAUUGAGAUCAAGGAUCUGAUGGUGGGGGAUGAGGCAAGUGAGCUUCGGUCAAUGCUGGAGGUGAACUAUCCCAUGGAGAAUGGCAUCGUCAGGAACUGGGACGAUAUGAAGCACCUGUGGGAUUACACCUUUGGUCCAGAGAAGCUCAACAUCGACUCUCGUAACUGCAAGAUACUCCUCACAGAACCUCCCAUGAACCCCACCAAGAACCGCGAGAAGAUCAUAGAGGUCAUGUUUGAGACAUACCAGUUUGCAGGUGUUUACAUUGCCAUACAGGCUGUGCUAACACUUUAUGCUCAAGGUCUUCUGACUGGAGUAGUGGUGGAUUCGGGCGAUGGUGUCACCCACAUUUGUCCUGUGUAUGAGGGCUUUUCUCUGCCACAUCUGACGAGGAGACUGGACAUUGCAGGAAGAGACAUUACUCGCUAUCUCAUAAAGCUGCUCUUGCUGCGAGGUUACGCCUUCAACCACUCGGCAGAUUUCGAGACUGUGCGCAUGAUGAAGGAGAAGCUCUGCUACGUGGGCUACAACAUCGAGCAGGAACAGAAGCUCGCUCUGGAGACCACAGUACUGGUGGAGUCCUACACGCUGCCUGAUGGCCGGGUUAUUAAAGUAGGAGGUGAGCGGUUCGAAGCCCCUGAGGCUCUGUUCCAGCCUCACCUCAUUAAUGUGGAAGGGGUCGGAGUGGCUGAACUUCUCUUCAACACCAUUCAAGCAGCAGACAUCGACACAAGGGCUGAGUUCUAUAAACACAUUGUUCUGUCGGGGGGAUCAACCAUGUAUCCUGGACUGCCCUCUCGACUAGAGAGGGAACUUAAACAGUUGUAUCUAGAGCGGGUACUGAAGGGUGAUGUCGACAAGCUCUCAAAAUUCAAGAUCCGGAUCGAGGAUCCUCCCCGGCGCAAGCACAUGGUGUUCCUGGGUGGGGCUGUGCUGGCUGACAUCAUGAAAGACAAAGACAACUUCUGGCUCACGCGGGAAGAGUAUCAGGAAAAAGGCGUUCGUGUUUUGGAGAAGCUCGGAGUCACUGUCAGAUAAACACGGAUGCAGUUCCCAUAACACCACAAUGGCUCUAGCAUCUGUCAGUUGAUCUAUUUUACAUUACCCAUCUCUUGUUUUCAGCCUCUUUUGCCAGUGACUCCUGUCGUCACAGAUGUGGAGAAAUGGGUUUGGAUUGUGAAGUGUUUUGGGGAGGCCUUGUAUUAUCUAUUUCAGUUAUUUUGUCCUCUGUCACUGCAUUGAUGUACAAGUUGCACAGAAUUGUCGUCUGAUGUCAUUGCGGUUUCUAACAGCGUUUGUGUUUGUGUAGCAUUUAAAGGAAUAUUCUGGGUUCGAUACAAGUUUAAUCAACAGCAUUUGUGGCAUCAUUUUGAAUACCACAAAAUAUUUUCAACUAGUCCCUCGUUUAUAUAUAUAUAAGGUUACAAUGAGGCACUUAACAAUGGAAGUGAAUGGGGCUAGUCCAUAAAUGGAUAAAAUACUUACUGUUUUAUAUGUAUAGCCACACGAUAUGAACAUUAUACAUGUUCAAAUGAUGUUCAUGUGAAACAAAAUCACUUAAAAACCGUAUAUAUGUGUAACGUUAUAUCCAAUAUUGGGAUUAAGUUUUUGUUGUCAUUACAACAAAGUUGGAAUAUUAGAUAAUAUUAGCUACAACCACUCACUUCCAUUGUAUGUGCCCUACUGUAUACACAAUGUUUGCUUGUAGUUUUUAUUUUAUUUAAGUCCAAUUUUUUUGUGGAAAUCAACAUGUAACAAAUGUUUUUUAUUUGUGCUUAAAUUGUAUUGAACCCGGAAUAUUCCUUUUAAAAUAAAUAUUGAUAACCUUAAAGGGAUAGUUCACCCAAAAAUGAAAGUUCUAUCAUCAUUUACUCACCUUUAUGCCAUCCCAGAUGUGAAUGACUUACUUUCUUCUGCAGAACACAAAUUAAGAUUUUUAGAAGAAUAUCUCAGCUCAGUAGGUCCAUCACAAUGCAAGUGAAUGGGUGCCAAACUUUUGAUGCUCCAAAACGCACAGAAAGGCAUAAAAGUAAUUCAUAGAUCUCCAGUGUUUUAAUCCAUAUCUUCAGAAGUGAUAUUAGAUGUGUGGGUGGGAAACCGAUCAAUAUUCAAUUCCUGUUUUGAUUGAAAUUCUUCUCCCUGCCCAGUAGUGGGCGUAUGCUUGAAAGUUAUUUGUUUCUCACCCACACCUAUCAUAUCACUUCUGAAGACAUGGAGUAAACCAAUGGAGUCUUCUGGAUUACUUUUAUGCUGCAUUAUGUGAUUUUUGUAGCUUCAAAAAUUUGGCACCCAUUCACUUGCAUUGUAUGGACCAAAAGAGCUGAGAGAAGACAAAAAACAUCUUCAUUUGUCAGACACAUCUGGGAUGGCAUGAUAGUGAGUAAGUGAUGAAAGAAUUUUCAUUUUUGGGUGAACAAUUCCUUUAAGCAAUAUGUAACCAAAGGCUACAGGGACGAAUCUCACAAAACCGAUACGUACAGGUCUUAUUUUCACCCCAAAAUAAACAAGAAAAAAAUUGUAUCAUAUUUUGCAUUAAGAAAAUAAAGCUUAUUUUAGGACCAUUUAUGUUUUUGCUUUGUGAAAAAGAACCCAUUCUCUUUAUCACAGUGUUUCUGGAUAGGUUACCUAGAUUCUUUGUAUAUUUAGAAGUUAGAUAAUGUUUUUCCCCCCACAAUUCAAUGAGUAUUUUUCACCGUAAAUAGAUUUUUUUAAUGUAUAUUUUUUGCAUUAUGGGAAUGAGGGUUGGGGAGGGAAUGUGCUUAAAGGAAUGUUCCUGGUUCAAUACAAGUUAAGCUCAGUGGACAGCAUUUGUGGCAUCAUCCCUCAUUUGUAAAUAUAAAAAAAGAUGUUACAAUAAGGCAUUUACAAUGGAAGUGAAUGGCAGCCAAUCUAUAAACAUUAAAACACAAAAGAAUAACCACAAGACAUGAACAAUAUUCUUAUUCACAUGAUCUUAAAAUAAAAUAGCUUUCUAAACUUAUGUAUUUAUUUCCAAUGUUAAAAUGUUGUUGCCAUGAUGAUGUAAUGCACGUUAAAUUCCUGAUUUUGUUGCAUUAAAAAUCAUACAAAAUCUUAGAGAAACAGAUCAUUUUUAUGUGGCUAUACUUUUGAAACAGUGAGUAUUAAUAUUUACGGAUUGGUCCCAUUCACUGCCAUUGCAAGCGCUUUACUGUGAUUUUUGCGUUUUUAAAUAAACAAGGGAUGAAUCAAUAGAACUUUUGUGACGAUCAACAUAAUGCUGUCAACUUAGCUUAACUUGUAUUACACAUUUUUAUUUAUUUUUGAUUUUGGGAUAAUAUCUGACCUAGACAUUUGCUUGAAAGGUUUUAUGAAUUUCAAGUACAGUUUGUCUAUGCAUAUGUUUCUGAGACACCAUAAUAUCACUUCUGUAUUACUGCAAAGACUAGGCUAUAAGCUGUAAUAAAUGCAGUCCAAUUCAUGACUGUGUACUCUGUCAGUCCGGUGACAGAGGUUCUAAAUGCUUUUAUUGUCUGUGUGACAUCUAAGGGCAGAAACAACAUCUACAAACUUUACUGAGCAACCAAAAGUUAUUACGGUUAUUUUGAUUCCAAUGUGGUCAUUGAGCUUUAGCCCUACAGCUUCAGAGGAGAAAACCUUGUAUUUUUUCUUUGUCUUUUCAGGCCUAUUUUCAUGUCCAAGAGGGACUCCUACAAAUAGUUUUUUAGUGUUUUGAUAGAUUGGACUGAGAGACUGAGAUUUUUUGGUAAGGUAUUCAACAAGCUGGCCAGUCUUCUGUUAGAUUGCAUGUUGAAAAUGGUAAACUUCAGCAUACUGGUUUCAGUAUUUGCAAAUGAGAUCUGAAUUUGUAUGAUAUAUACAGUAUAUAUAUAUAUAUACAGUACUGUGCAAAAUUUUUAGGCACUGGGGAAAAGUGUUGCCUAGUGAGGAUGUCUUCAGAAAUAAUGACAUAAAUAGUUUUCAUUGAUCAAUUAACAAAGUCCAGUAAACAUAAAAAAUAAAAAUCAAUAUUCAGUGUGACCACCUUUGCCUUCAGAACAGCACCAAUUCUUAUAGGUACACCUGGAGACAGUUUUUCUUGGUUGUUGGCAGAUUGGAUGUUCCAAGCUUCUUGGAGAACAUUCCACAGUUCUUCUAUCUAUUUCAGCUGUCUCAACUGCUUCUGUCUCUUCAUGUAAUCCCAGACUGAUUCAAUGAUGUUGAGAUCUGGGCUCUUUGGGUGCCAUGAUAUCUGUUGUAGGACUCAUUCUAUUCUAUUUGCAAAAGGAAUAUUGGAAGUCCAAAAUGUAUAUUUCCUAUUGACACAUUAAAGCUGAAGAUAUAAAUAACCAAAUGCUUUUGUGAAACAUCUUAUGUGCCUUUUGCACAGUGCUGUGUGUGUAUAUAUAUAUAUAUGUGUGUGUGUGUGUGUGGUUUGCUUCUCUUAGCUUUCCAAAUGUCAUAGUUGUGGUUGUUUUUUUACUUUUUAUUAAUUCUUUUGCAGUGCUUUGUAUGGCAUACAAUAAAAUAAUAUGAUUUUGCA